UUCUGGGCUCCUUCUUUCUCCGCAAGAUGGCAUCCCCGGCCGUACCGGCAAGUGUCCCUGCUGCCACUGCGGCUGCAACCCCUGCGCCGGCUGCCACCGCAGCCCCGGCUGCCGCCCCGACAGCGCCCACGCCGGCUCCGGCGCCGGCUGCGACUCCCGCUGCCGCCCCGGCUCCUGCCUCGUCCUCCGACUCUACGGCCGCUACGCCUACAGCUCCGGGCCAAACCCCGGCCUCCACGCCAGCCCCUGCGCAAACGCCGGCGCCUUCACAGCCCGGGCCCGCCCUCCCGGGGCCUUUCCCGGGCGGCCGCGUGGUCAGACUGCACCCGGUCAUUUUGGCCUCCAUCGUGGACAGCUACGAGCGACGCAACGAGGGAGCUGCCCGGGUUAUCGGCACCCUGCUGGGAACUGUUGACAAGCACUCAGUGGAAGUCACCAACUGCUUUUCAGUGCCGCACAACGAGUCAGAAGAUGAAGUGGCUGUUGACAUGGAGUUUGCUAAGAAUAUGUAUGAAUUGCACAAAAAAGUCUCCCCAAAUGAACUCAUCCUAGGCUGGUAUGCGACAGGCCAUGACAUCACAGAACAUUCCGUGCUGAUCCAUGAGUACUACAGCCGGGAGGCCCCAAACCCCAUUCACCUCACUGUGGACACAGGUCUGCAGAAUGGGCGCAUGAGCAUCAAGGCUUAUGUCAGCACAUUAAUGGGUGUCCCUGGGAGGACCAUGGGAGUGAUGUUCACACCUCUCACAGUGAAGUAUGCAUACUAUGACACCGAACGCAUUGGCGUCGAUCUCAUCAUGAAGACAUGUUUUAGCCCCAACCGGGUGAUUGGACUCUCAAGUGACCUACAGCAAGUGGGAGGGGCCUCAGCUCGCAUCCAGGAUGCUCUGAGCACUGUGCUGCAGUAUGCUGAGGAUGUGCUGUCUGGAAAAGUGUCUGCUGACAACACUGUAGGCCGCUUCUUGAUGAGCCUGGUUAAUCAAGUACCCAAGAUCGUUCCUGAUGACUUUGAGACCAUGCUCAACAGCAACAUCAAUGACCUGCUGAUGGUGACCUACCUGGCCAACCUCACCCAGUCACAGAUUGCCCUCAACGAGAAACUUGUAAACCUGUGAAGGAGCCCCAAGAGGCUCUUGUGCUGGUCUUGGUUUCCACCACAGGACUAGGCUGAAGUGGAGGCAAAGGGUGUCUUUGUGUCUUGAGUCACAAUGACUCAGUCAGCUGCUUGGGACUCCUAAUAAACAUAGCCUACCUUUUGUAAAUGAA